GCGCGGAGAGAUGGUGGGGGAAGGGCAGAGUUAAGGCUGAGCCCUCGGGGAAGGAGCAGUCACUUUUGAAGUGACUUCACGGCGUGCGGUUGGGUGCCAGCGAGGUGCGCGCGGGACGUUCUGCCACGUCUGCCGGUGCCCGAGGUCUACCCACGCGCGGCCUGGGCCGCUGGCACCGCACGUGGGCGCCUCGCGCUUCCCAGGCUGCCUCGGUGGGCGCGGGCGGUGGGCGCGGGCAGUGAGCCCAACCCUGCGCCCCCGCCGGGAUGCGCGCCCUCCGCGCUGUGCUGGGGCUGUCGCUCCUCGGAGCGCUCCGAGCCUUCCCGCAGGAUGGAGCCCGCGUGGACGCCUGCGCCACAGACCCCAGCCGCUACUACGACGAGGCAGCCAGGAGGUGCUGUUACCGUUGCCCAGAGGGACUGUCUGCCCAGCAGCCAUGCCCACAAGGGUCCUGGGACUGCCAGAAGCAGUGUGAGCCUGACUACUACCUGGGUGGGAGCGGCGGCUGCCUGGCCUGUGUGAGCUGUUCCGAAGAUGACCUAGUGGAGAAGAUGCCCUGCUCAUGGAACUCCUCCCGCGUCUGUGAGUGCCGGGCUGGCAUGUUCUGUGUCACAUCCGCCACCAACUCCUGUGCCCGCUGCUCCCCGCAUUCCGUCUGCUCAACAGGAAUGAUUGUCAAGUUCCCAGGCACAGCAGAGAGGGACACUGUCUGCGAGUCACCUUCUCCGGGGACCAGCCCUGACUGCAGCAUCAGCCCGGAGGACUGCAAGGCGCCUGCCAGUGGCCCCAGCUCCCAAGCCAAGCCCAGCUUGACCUCCUUAGCAAGCAAUGCCAGGACCAUGCUUCUCGGAAAGGGUGCUCCCCUCCGCCCAGAAGAUGGUGCAGAAAUGAUGAAGAUUCUCAACUCUUCCUCCUCCGCGGGGAAGCCCAGUUCAGAUCCAGGGCUGGCCCUGCAUCAGCCUUGCCCCCAGGGGUCUGCUGACUGCCAGAAGCAGUGUGAGCCUGACUACUACCUGGAGAGGGAUGGCCGCUGCACAGCCUGUGUGAGCUGUUCGGAAGACGAUCUCGUGGAGAAGACACCCUGCAUGUGGAACUCCUCCCGCAUCUGUGAAUGUCGACCUGGCAUGUUCUGUGUCACAUCAGCCACCAACUCCUGUGCCCGCUGCGUCACUCUCCCUGUCUACUCACCAGGGACAGUCACCAAACACCAGGGUCUGGCUGAGAGGGACACUACCUAUGAGCUGCCUCCCCCAGAAGCCCACCAGGACUGCAGCACCAGCCCAGAGGACAGUGAGGCUCCCACCAGCACCAGCCCCUUCUUGACCUCCCCGGCUGGCUCCCAGACCAGUCAGGGGCACGGAGGGGGCAUCACCCAUGCCUGGGGGGACACCAUCCUCACAAGUGCUCCGAUCUCUUUCUCCUCCACGGGAAAGCCCAUUCUGGUUUCAGGGCCUGUGCUCUUCUGGGUGCUGGUAGCGCUGAUGACGGUCAUCGGCUCUGUCUCUUUCCUCUUGUGCCACAGGAGGGCCUGCAGGAAGUGGAUUCGGCAGAAGCUCCACCUGUGCUACCCCGUCCAGACCUUCCAGCCCAAGCUGGAGCCUGCAGAUUCCAGGUCCGGGAAGAGCCCUACGCAGCCAAAGAGAAGUGCAUCUGUGGCAGAGCUGAGCACAGGAGAGCUGGGGCUCAUGGGCACCCCAGCUGUGGAGACCUGCCCCAGUGUGGGGGCAGCCUGCCUGGAGAGCCUGAAGCUGCUGGAUGCCAGUCCGGCUGAGAGCCCCGGACCCUCGAGGGACCCUCCUGAGCCCCGAGUGGCCACGGAGCAGACCAAUAACAGGAUCGAGAAAAUCUACAUCAUGAAGGCUGAUACAGUGAUCGUGGGGACCGUGAAGACCGAGGUGCCUGAGGGCCGGAGCCUGGUGGGGCCAGCGGGGCCCGAGUUUGAGGAGGACCUGGAAGUGGACCAUGCCCCCCACUACCCAGAGCAGGAAACAGAACCACCUCUGGGCAGCUGCAGGGACGUCAUGUUCUCAGUGGAGGAGGAAGGGAAGGAGGGCCCCUUGCCCACAACUGUCUCUGGGAAAUGAGGCCUGGCUUAGGCAGGGGCUAAGAGGGCAGCUGGGUGCCCCAUGCUGGUGGCAGAGGUCCAUCUGGCCUGAACUGAGGUCCCAGCAUCCAGUGGGAAACCCGUCUGUCAGUGGAGUCGGGUUCUGGUGGUCUCUGCCUGCAUCCCCACUCAGCUGCCCUCCAAACAAGACCUAGGGGAGCUGGGGCUUGUGCAGUAGAAUCAGCCAUCGGGCUGGAUCUGGAUGGCAGGGUUUGUUGGAGCAACAGCCACUGGGCAUCCUGCCUCCUGCUAAUUGCCAAGAAGAUGCCCCCAGAGCCCUGGCAUCGGACACAUACCGCCAGGCCCAGAGCCCACCAGAACCCCAUACCCCUAGCAUUCUCCUCUUACACUAGGUCUCGGGAGUGAUGCCCACCGGGCCUAGCUGCCAUGCCAGCAGCCCCCAGGUACUGUAAACAUGGCCCUCCAUGGCACUGAGGCAGCGUGUCCUCAGUGGCCCCCAUCUUGGCUAGAGCCACCACACUGCACCCUUUGUGGAGGUGAACACCUGGCAUGGCCUCCAGCCCUGCUUGGGCUGAGUGGACCCUCCUGGUGCUGCCAGCCCCGCCCUGUUCUGUAGCCCCCAUGGGGGGCCAGGAGCUAGGAUCAACUCGCUCGUCUCAGAAUGUCCUCACCCGUCCCUGCAACAGGAGGUACCCAAGACCCGGCCUACCUAGCCACAGCUUCAGGGAGGAGGGCCCGCUCCGCUUUGCCUGGGGCACUUGCCUUC